GAAAUCAGCGUGGUAAACAGACACCCAUAAGUCCUCUAAAGAGUACGUUAUUUAUUGGUUUACUUGUCUAUUCUUUUUUUAUACUAAUAAAGAUCAAAUACCUAUCCCAAGGCCACGUCUGUCCCAAGCUGGAAAAGCCAUAGCUCAGAUUAUGCUCCUUGAAGCCUGGUUUCUGGAAAGGGGUCGAAAUCUCCAAGGCAUGCCAAAGCCUGCCAAUCGCCGGUUGGGUCAAAAGCUGAUGAGCGAUUUUGAUUGAGUUUUGAGACAAGCAAGCUAGUUGAAAGACUCUCAUUCCGUCAUGAUGCUCUUCUCUUCAGCAGAAGAAGGAGAGAAGGGGCUCUUCAGUGGCUUAUUUCCUUCACGGUGAUUGAAAGACGGACGUGGGGGCUAUCACUUUCUUUUCAACGCUUCAACCUGCUUCAUCUAUCGUUAGGGCUCGGUGAGAAUCUUACCUACCUUCCUUUUCCCCUGUUGUCUUGUCUAGCUUUAAAAUAGAACUUCUCUAGCGCCUCAAAGAAAAAGGGCUCCGUAACUCCUUUCACACUAAGCUAAUUCAAGUGCACUAAGCAAAAUGAACCCUAAAGCUUCAGCUGCUAUCCGUGACAAGGUGGUAUCAGAGCCUUGCUUCGAGGAAGCCUGGUUCGAGCUUGGUUCGUGGGAGCGAGACUACUUGUGGGCAAGCAUGUCUGGCAUGACUGAGGAAGUUGCUAUCAACAUGUAGGGAAGGGGAAUCCCAACCUCCUCAGCAGGGAAGCAAGAAGGGACGAGGUCAUAGUAAGUGCUGAGGACCUUGCUUGCUAGUCUAUCUGUGAAAGUAAGUUUCUGCAUUGGAGGCUGAACAUCUACGAGCCAGCCGUCUUCAAGACAUUACGUGAGAAGGAGAAAUGCUGGUAGUACCUCUUCACAAGAGGAUCAGACCAGAUCCAAAAUAGCGUAUGAAAUGAUUAUGGUCUAUCUAGUACAGUAUGAUCGAUCAAGUCAUUCAGUAAAGUCUCUUAGCUAGUAUGGAAUUCUAUCUAUUAGCGGGUCGGUGACGGUAGAUUGAUCCUGAGAAAUGAGUUCUUUCCUUUGUGCAUCUUUCUUUCUUUUCCCAUGUCUUUCUUGGUUGGUAAACCCAACUGGCGAUUUACAACAAACAAUCUAUAGUCAAACAUAAGUCCUGCGGGCUUGCUUUUAACCAUACCUGGUUCAGUCUGUAUGGAGGGAAUCAUUUUUUCUCAAUCAAGACCAUGUCAGAGAUUUUUGUGCUUGGCUUUUGCUUCUGUUUUUACGUAAGCGUAAACACUUGGCACGCUUAUAGGAUUAUCCAGAUAAAUGAAAGAUUACAGAAGCCCAUGACAUUUAAAAUAACUUGGAAAGACGGGUUGGUGAUAACCCCGUGGGAACGGCCUAUUGGUCCCACCCACGGCCCAUCUGACCCUUCUUCGCCUUCGGGUUCUCCAGUUAAGGAUGCCCUGGAUCUAGCGCAAGAUGUUCCCCACAGCCCCCUUGAUCAAUUUGCCAUUAAGUCAUUUCUUGAUAUGAGGGUAGGAUACUUGUAUAUCUCAUUCACAAAUCCCGCUUUCUUUAUGCUGCUAACUCUCGGUUUGGUCUUCCUGCUGUUUCAUUUGGUUACUAAAAAGGGCGGAGGAAAGUCAGUACCAAAUGCUUGGCAAUCCUUGGUAGAGCUUAUUUAUGAUUUCGUGCCGAACCUGGUAAACGAACAAAUAGGUGGUCUUUCCGGAAAUGUGAAACAAAAGUUUUUCCCUUGCAUCUCGGUCACUUUUACUUUUUCGUUAUUUUGUAAUCUCCAGGGUAUGAUACCUUAUAGCUUCACAGUUACAAGUCAUUUUCUCAUUACUUUGGGUCUCUCAUUUUCCAUUUUUAUUGGCAUUACUCUAGUGGGAUUUCAAAGAAAUGGGCUUCAUUUUUUAAGCUUCUCAUUACCCGCAGGAGUCCCACUGCCGUUAGCACCUUUUUUAGUACUCCUUGAGCUAAUCCCUCAUAGUUUUCGCGCAUUAAGCUCAGGAAUACGUUUAUUUGCUAAUAUGAUGGCCGGUCAUAGUUCAGUAAAGAUUUUAAGUGGGUCCGCUUGGACUAUGCUAUGUAUGAAUGAUCUUUUCUAUUUCAUAGGAGAUCUUG